UGGACGAUUUAUAUAUAAACAGAGAAAAAAUUAGGAAAUUGUAGUUUUGCCAAACGAUGGGGACCAACAAAGCAAAGGCUUUUAGUACACAUUUCGAUGAUCAUUUUUAUUGACGUUUGAACUCUCCGACUAGUUUUAAAAAUAGUGUUAGUUUGCAGAAGUGGAAGUGAGUUAUCGAGACGAAUACACUUUGUGUAUGUGAGUCAUUUAACAGAAAUACGAUUUUAUUGGAUGUGACAGGUGCAGAAGGAAAUAAAAAUGAACGGAAAUAAGAAAGCAUAGAAAAACCACGUGCUUUUGGCACCAACACGUGACACUUUUUCCGACCACAUUUGGUGUAUUAUCUUGUUGGAGAAGCGCAGUCGCUUGGAACACAUGAAAUGUAAAAGAGUGUGGUGUGUGGAGAAGACUUUUGUUCUGUGAGUCGGAAGCACCAGCGAGAUGGACGGGGCCUACGAUUUAGACACCAUGAUGGGCUAUCUGGGUGACUUCGGUCGCUACCAGAUGUGGCAAUUCAGCCUUCACAUCCUCUCAGCAGUCACUGCCGGCCUCCAUAUGCUUUCCCUUGUAACAGUGGCUGCAGUGCCUGAGCACAGAUGUGAGAUUCCAGGCGUCGAUUUCAAUUACACAAUGACGAAAUUAAAUUCGUCGGAACUUGCUUCAUACAUUCCCAAACUUCCUUCGGGAGAGUUUGAUAGUUGUAGUCUGCUGAACAGUACGACAAAUGUGUCGUAUCGGUGUGACUCCUGGGUGUACGACUACACGUAUUAUAAGACUUCCAGAGCGAUUGAAUGGAGCUUCGUCUGUGAUAAUAGAUGGAUGGGGGCUGUGGCCCAAGCCAUGUACAUGUUUGGGGUUUUCACCGGGGCUGUAACCCUCGGAAAUAUGGCCGAUAAGUUCGGACGCAAGCCAGUUUUUUGCUGGUCGGCUUUAUUGCAACUAGUAAUAGGAGUUGCGGUUGCUUUUACCCCUGAUUAUUACUCAUUUUUGGCGCUGAGAUACUUGUAUGGGAUUUUCGGAUCAGCGGGGGCUUAUAUACCAGGUUUUGUGUUGACCAUGGAGCUGGUGGGCCCCAGCAAGCGCUCCAUGUGUGGUGUAGCCUUCCAGGCAGCCUUCGCCUGUGGCAUUAUGAUGGUGGCAGGCUGGGGGGCCCUCAUCAAAGACCGCCAAUUGCUCCAAGUCGUGUACGGACUCCACGGUUUGCUCCUCAUUGGCCACUACUGGCUCAUGGACGAGUCACCCAGAUGGUUAUGGGCCAAUGGGCGUUCACGUGACGCCGUCGAAAUCGUCAAAAAGGCGCUCAAAAUGAACAAAAGUCCCAUUAAUCUCGAAGCCGCCGAAUUCGUAUCCAAAGGAACGGCCGAAAGUCGCACCAAAACCGAAGACUCAGUCGGGGUUCUAGACCUUUUCAAAACGCCCAACUUGCGAAUCAAAACGUUGAAUGUUUGUCUGAACUGGUUCGCCAAUUCGUUGGUUUACUACGGACUGUCGCUGAACACGGGGCAGUUGAGCGGCGAUCCGUUUUUAAUUUUAUUUGUCAUGGGUUUGGUCGAAUUGCCCAGCUAUGUCCUAACUGUGUAUUUGAUGGACAGAAUGGGUCGUCGGUCCUUAACCGCCCUCAAUAUGAUCCUUGGCGGGAUUUGUUGCAUCGCUGCCGCGAAUCUAACCAUGGGAAGUACCGAAUCGACCGCUUUCGUCGUCACUGGCAAAUUCCUAAUCGCCAGUUCUUUCGCAAUUAUUUACAAUUACUCGGCCGAACUUUUCCCGACUGUUGUCCGAAACUCGGCCCUCGGAAUCGGGGCAAUGUGUGCCCGGACUUCCGGAGCCCUAACUCCCCUUAUAACACUCCUGGAUUCGUUCGAUCCAACCCUACCGUCCAUUAUUUUCGCAGUUAUUGCGCUAAUUUCCGGGUUUUUGACCUUAUUCCUUCCGGAAACUUUGAACAAACCCAUGCCGCAAACUAUACAAGACGGCGAAGAAUUCGGGAAAGGCGAUACGUUCUUCACGUCAUGUUGCAAGAAGAAGACUCCGGAUGAGGAAGAAACUGUCACUUCCAAGCCACCAACUUCCGAGCAAAUGCAACCGCUGGGGGUCACCAGGUGAAGCGCGGCUUUAGCGACUGUUAGUGUAGUAGGAGUGUGGACUUAUUGUCUAUUUAUUCAUAAAAUAAAUAUUUUUAUAAAAGUAAAA